AUGAUUCUGGGGGCCGCACCGGAUGAUACGCAACAGUGCGGUAACGGGCGUGGCGGAGAAGCAAAGGAUAAACAAGGAGGGCAGACCGUGAAAGGGGCAUUGGCGGCGGCGAAGCCACCCACGAAGCGCAGGAGUAAGAAGGCCAGCACUAAACCCCUUCCAAAGGGUAAAGCUUCCCUAAACCGUCCUGACCUGUCCCCUCAUGCGCUAUCCCAUCCUGACCUGUCCCAUCUUGCUCUCACCCUACACCAAUCAGCGGUGAAGAAUUCUGGUGUGGGUCCGCCAACCACCAUCGAGCGAUUCAACCUUGGGGGGGGAGGGGGGAAGCUGCCCCAGCUACAGGUCACCCAGCGGGCAACUACUAGUGCGAUGCAAGUGGGAGCAGCAGCAGCUCCUGCGGGUAUGACUGUUGCGAGGGUGGGAGGAGCAGCGCCAACGGGAGGGAGGGUGGGAGCAGCAGCAGCAUCAACUGGGGUGAGGGUGGGAGCAGCAGCAGCGUCAACGGGAGGGAGGGUGGGAGCAGCAGCAGCAUCAACUGGGGUGAGGGUGGGAGGAGCAGCAGCGGCAUCGACUGGAGGGAGGGUGGGAGCAGCAGCGGCAUCGACUGGAGGGAGGGUGGGAGGAGCAGCGGCAUCGACUGGAGGGAGGGUGGGAGGAGCAGCGGCAUCGACUGGAGGGAGGGUGGGAGAAGCAGCGGCAUCGACUGGAGGGAGGGUGGGAGGAGCAGCGGCAUCGACUGGAGGGAGGGUGGGAGGAGCAGCGGCAUCGACUGGAGGGAGGGUGGGAGGAGCAGCGGCAUCGACUGGAGGGAGGGUGGGAGCAGCAGCAGCAUCUACUGGAGUUUUCAGGCCCAGGGGUACCACUACUGUAAGGACGCCGCCUCCAGGGCCCACGGCUUUGGCUGCCGUAUCAACCAGGGUGGCGCAGACGCAGUGGGUAUCACGAGCGGAGUUUGCGGCGCUUAGGAAGGAGAUGCUCCAACAGUUUGAGAGCCUCAGGGCUCAAGGAGUCGCGGUUCCUGCUCAAGGACUUGCGUCGCAGGGCAGCGACGCAACAACAGGCGUUCCUCGCCCUCCAAGUCGGAGUGCCGGACAAAUCGCUCUGGAAAUGGUGAUCGUCGAUGCUGGAGACUGGAAGGUGAAGUGCCGGAGUGUCAUCACCGAGUUCUUCUGGCUGAACGACGCUCUUCACAUCCAGAUGUAUCCUUCGAGUGAAGAGGCGAUGGCUGGGUUAUCUACUUAUCUGUCCCCUGAUACCAUGCCCCACUUGCAACUGCUGUGGAAACAACAAUGCCCAACAACAAAGGGGGCAUUCUAUACAGCAUGCAGCAAUACCCGGUGUGCAAUUGGCAAAAUACUCCGUCGAUUGGUUCUAACUGCAUUGGGGCGGGAGAAAAACAAGGGGAAGGUGAUGUCCCUCCCGGCGGAGUUGGAUCGUCCGGCGGUGUAUCGGAACGAUGCCGAACUGGUCCGGGACAACAUGACUGACGAGUGGGGGCUGAAAUGGCAUGUUGACCAGAUCACGCAGCGCCCAUUCUCCACGAAAUUGUUUGCGAUCGCCAUGAGCAAGGCGUUUCGAAGGCGCCGCGUCGAUGUCACAGCGUGGAAGACACGCAUGGUGGCUUUUGCCUUGUUUUCACUCGAGAACCCACUGUUGGAGGCAGCAGGGGAUGGCAAGCUGGGCACGGACCAGCGUGAAAACCGCAGGUUGUUCGAGCUAACGUGCAUCAGGGUUCGACGUUGGGUGGAGCACUAUGUGAAUGUGCUGGGCGUCACGCAUGAUGCGACAACAAACGCGUGGGUGUUCGAAAACGGGGUCCGUAUUGAUGCGUCGGAUUACCCUGCACUAUUGCCUGUUUGA